UGAAUUUUUAUGUAAAUAGUAACAAAACGUCUCACAACUCUUUUAAAUUAAUUAAAUAAAUAUAAAACAUGUCCGCCGAGAAAAGAACGGCCGAUGACGAAAAAGCUGCUGGAGAAUGUGACGGUGAUGAUCCAGAAAACUGGAUUGGACCAAUGCCUUCAGAGGCGGUAAAACCCAAACCAAAAAAACGAAAAGUAUUAGAAUUUGAAACACUAUACCUGGAGAAUUUGCCUUCAUCAGAAACAUAUGAGAGAAGUUUCAUGCACAGGGAUAUUGUUACACACGUACUUGUCACAAAAACUGAUUUUGUGGUAACAGCAAGUCAGGAUGGUCAUUUGAAAUUUUGGAAGAAACAAGAAGAAGGUAUAGAAUUCGUAAAGCACUUCAGAUGUCACUUAGCACCAAUCUCCCAUGUCGCAGCAAACAGCACCGGUACUUUACUCUGCACUGCAUCACCAGAGAAGACAAUAAAGGUGUUUGAUGUUGUUAACUUUGAUAUGAUUAACAUGAUCUCAAUAGAUUUUGAGCCAUAUCGAGUGGAGUGGGUGCAUUCCGCUGGUGACCCCAUCUCAGCUUUAGCUGUCUCGGACAGAAACACAAAUAAGAUUCACGUGUACGACGGCACGCAAGCUUCGGGCACACCGCUGCACACGUUCGAGACUCUGCACCAGACCGCGGUAGCAGUCAUCAAGUACAACCCGGUCUUCGAAACUGCUGUCUCCGUCGAUAAGGCUGGCAUAGUCGAGUACUGGACGGGUCCGAAGCACGAAUACAAUUUCCCCAAGACGGUGAGGUUUCAGUCGAAGCUCGACACGGACCUGUACGACUUCGUGAAGAACAAGACUUGUCCGACGGCGCUGGACUUCUCGCCGGACGGCAGAAAGAUGGCCUCGAUAAGCCUCGACAGGAAGGUGCGAGUGUUCCACUUCCUGACCGGCAAACUGCACAAGGUGAUCGACGAGAGCCUGCAGCGGUUCCAGGAGUUGCAGCAUCAGACGCAGCAGCUACCCAACAUGGAGUUCGGGAGGAGGAUGGCGACGGAGCGCGACCUGGAGAAGUCUGAGUGCGUGUCGCUGGGCAACGUGGCGUUCGACUGCAGCGGCCACUUCGUGCUGUACGGCACGCUGCUGGGCGCCAAGCUCGUCAACCUGGCCACCAACCGCUGCGCCGCCACCUUCGCCAGGACGGAGAACCUCAGGCCGCUGCACCUCGCACUCUUCCAGGGCCGCCUCAACCAGCCCAAGGUGGCGUCGACCCUCGAGAUGGAGGGCUCCGAGAACCCCGCGCUGCUGACCGUGAAGACGGACCCCACGCUGUUCUGCACGGCCUACAAGAAGAACAGGUUCUAUCUGUUCUCCAAGCGCAGCCCCGACGACGUCAAGGGCCCGGACAACGACAGAGACAUCUUCAACGAGAAGCCGUCCAAGGAGGAUAUCAUCUCCGCCACCGAGGGGCAAGGAGUCCAGCGGAUCUACGAGCAGGCGGUCAUACACACGACGCUGGGCGACAUCCACGUGCGGAUCUUCGGGAAGGACGUCCCGAAGACGGCCGAGAACUUCUGCGUCCACGCCAGGAACGGCUACUACAACGGACACAUCUUCCACCGGGUCAUCAAGGGCUUCAUGGUGCAGACCGGGGACCCCACAGGCACGGGCACGGGCGGGGAGAGCAUCUGGGGCGGCGAGUUCGCGGACGAGUUCCGCGCGCACCUCAAGCACGACCGGCCCUACACGCUCAGCAUGGCCAACGCCGGGCCCGACACCAACGGCAGCCAGUUCUUCAUCACGCUGGCGCCCACGCCGUGGCUGGACAACAAGCACACGGUGUUCGGUCGCGUGACGCGCGGCAUGGAGGUCGUGCAGAACAUCGGCGCCGCCAAGACCAACCCCAAGACCGACAAGCCCUACGACGACAUCAGGAUCCUGUCGCUCUCCGUCAAGUGAUGAGGAGAAUAAACUGUUUAAAAACAAAACAAA